AUGGCAGAGAAUGAUGAUGGAUAUAAAGUUAAAUCCUAUGCAGCAUUCAGUUGCGACUUUAGAGAAAUUGUGCAUGAGCUAUUACAUAUACAAGAACAAGAAUCCGCUUAUUGUUGGAAGAUAUUUGUUGGAGGACUCGACCCUAAUGUUACAGAUGAAGAUCUUAGGCAGACAUUCUCCGAGUAUGGUGAGAUAACCUCUGUUAAGAUACCUGUUGGAAAGGGCUGUGGUUUUGUUCAAUUUGCAAACAGCAAAAUUAUCACCGUAAAAAAUUAUUAUGUAAUCACUCGAUGCUCUGAUGUCAAACCAUUGAUGCAGGUUGCUGUGUACACCUGUGAGGAUUGUGGCUUUGAAAUCUACCAGGAAGUAACAGCUAGAAUAUUCAUGCCCUUGUUUGAGUGUCCAUCAAGGCGUUGUGUCAUGAACAAGAGCAAGGGUAAUGUCAUCCUUCAACUGAGAGCAUCAAAGUUUUUGAGAUUUCAAGAGGCAAAAAUCCAAGAGUUAGCUGAACAUGUUCCAAAGGGUCAUAUUCCUCGAACAAUGACUGUUCAUCUUAGGGGAGAACUCACUAGAAAGGUAGCUCCGGGUGAUGUUGUUGAACUAUCAGGGAUUUUUCUUCCUAUACCUUAUGUUGGUUUUAGAGCAAUGCGUGCUGGCCUAGUUGCUGACACAUACUUAGUGGCCAUGUCUGUUUCUCAUUUUAAGAAAAAAUAUGAAGAAUAUGAACUUAGAGGAGAUGAGGAAGAGCAGAUCAAACGUUUAGCAGAAGAUGGUGAUAUCUAUGAUAAGCUGGCAAGGUCACUAGCUCCUGAAAUUUUUGGACAUGAAGAUAUUAAGAAAGCACUGCUGCUGCUUCUUGUUGGUGCACCCCACCGGCAAUUGAAAGAUGGAAUGAAGAUUAGAGGAGAUCUACAUAUAUGUUUGAUGGGGGAUCCUGGUGUUGCCAAAAAAUUUCGUAUACCUUAG